AACUGCGCACACGCAUCCAAUUUAGGCGGAUUUUUGGCAGGAAGUUACUGUAGUAUAUAACCGUUAGGUUUUUCAACAAUCGGUACACUUCGUCUGCUGAACUGAAGUAAAAUGAACUCCUUCAUCACAUUUGCCUGCCUUUUGGCUGUUGCCGCUACCGCUAAUGGCUAUGGCUAUGGCCUGGGUGGACUUGGUGGAUACAGGUUGUCGGCGCCAAUAAUUAGCGCACCAAUAAUUACUGCCCCAGCGUACUCCACCGCGAACUUGUACAAGGCUGCGCCCAUCCCUGUGGUCCGCACAUCGUAUGUAGCCGCUCCUGUCAUCAGAACCGUACCUGUAGUCAGAACUGUGGCUGUAGCAGCUCCCGCUGUUAGUGUCGCUAGCUACGGAAAUUACGGUGGCUACGGAGGUUACGGUAGCUACGGAGGUUACGGUGGUCACGGACUUAGCUACGGCUACGGACACUAAUCCAGUCACCAGACGAAGUUUCUCUUCUUGGUCAAUGCACUAAAUAAAUCAUUUCUUCAUU